AUGGACGAAUACAAAGUUGUUGUUCUCGGUGAUGGAGGAGUUGGAAAGAGCGCCCUAACUGUUCGCUUCGUCACAGGGAGAUUUGAAGAAAAGUACGACCCCACAAUUGAGGACUUCUACCGCAAGGAGAUUCUAGUAAAUGGUAAGGCGUGCAUGUUGGAGAUUCUUGACACGGCGGGCAGUGAGCAGUUCUCCUCACUGCAGGACCUUUACAUUCGCAACGGCCAGGGUUUUGUGCUCGUAUACAGCAUUGCCUCAUUGCAGAGUCUCCUCGAUCUAGAGGCAGUGCAUCAACAGAUCCUCCGUUUCAAGACUAAGGCGCCUUCCCGGAAGUCCAAAACUUCGAAGUCAGCGCCAUCGCCAGUACUACCGCCAAUUGUGCUGGCGGGUAAUAAGGCGGAUCUAACGGCAGUAGGGCACCGCGAGGUCGCCAGGGCCGACGGGGAUGCGGCGGCGAGGCGAUGGGGUUGCUGUGCUUUUGUAGAGACCUCGGCGAAGACGGGGGAAGGUGUGAUGGAUGUCUUUCGAGAAGUGGUUAUGCAGAUGGCUCAGGAGUCUGCAAAGAAGAAGGGCUGCACCACUGGAGCCUGUGCUAUCCUCUGA